AUGAAGUACCUACCUGUAAAUACUUUUGAAAGAGAUGUUUUUUCCUCUUUGGAAUCGAUACAUCCGAAAGCAGCGAGAAUUAUUUUCGACCCUGAUUUGUCUAUUUCUGAUGUUAAAUGUCUUUUGAAUUCUCCGCCACGACCCAUCACCAGCUCUAUCAACUGUCCUACUUACCAAGUGUCUAAACAUCUAGCUUCUAUCCUGAGCCCUCUACGAAACAACAAGUACACUGUUACGAACAGCUGCGAUUUUGUGAAAAAAGUCUCGGUUUGUAACAUCACCCCGCAGGAAACCAUGUUAUCUUUCGAUGUGGUAUCCCUCUUCGCAUCUAUACCAACAACUUUGGCGUUCGAGGUGACUAAAAACAAACUUCAAGCUUAUCCGACCACCUCGGAAAGAACAACCAUGUCUUUUGACAGCAUCAUGAAUUUUCUUGAAUUUGCACUUGAUAACAACUACUUCGUCCUUGAUGGCACUUUCUACAAACAAGUAUUUGGCUGCCCGAUGGGCUCACCUAUGAGCGCAAUUUUGGCAAAUUUGGUUAUGGCACACAGCGAAGAGAGAGCUUUAGUCGCCACACCCCAACCUCCUAAGUGGUGGUAUAGAUAUGUUGACGAUAGCCAGGUCUGCAUCGUUCGUGAACAUCUUACAGAGUUCCGCUCCCACCUUAGCUCAAUUAAUCAACAUAUCAAAUUUACAGUGGAAGAAGAAAAAGACGGAUCCAUUGCAUAUCUGGACACCGUGACAACCAGGAAUCCCGAUGGAGUUGUAAAAACUAGCGUCUACAGGAAAAUCACACACACUGAUAAAUACCUUCAAUUCAACUCUCACCACCCAUCUCAAAACAAACGCUCAGUGGCUAGAACCCUUGUCGACAGAGCAAAGAACAUCCCUUCUACCGACGCAGACAGAUAA